ACAGAACAACCUGACGCAACAGAACAACCUGACGCAACAGAACAACCUGACGCAACAGAACAACCUGACGCAACAGAACAACCUGACGCAACAGAACAACCUGACGCAACAGAACAACCUGACGCAACAGAACAACCUGACGCAACAGAACAACCUGACGCAACAGAACAACCUGACGCAACAGAACAACCUGACGCAACAGAACAACCUGACGCAACAGAACAACCUGACGCAACAGAACAACUUAUGGCAACAGAACAACUUAUGGCAAAAAUGAAAUCGACUGCGGUAACAGAACAAAAUGAACAUACUACACAAGGCCAGCUUGCUCAGGACGACAUUGUUUAUAAAGAAAAAAUCGGUUCGCCGUCGAAAGGGAACUCAAUCGCCUUGACAUUCGGUAUAAUUGCCAUAAUUGCCGCCUUAGCUGGACUCGUAUUGAUGCUGAAAUACAACCUAAAGUGUAUGAGGACUACAACUGGCUACAAGCAGCUUGGACUGCUUGGAGAAGAAUCGUAUUUCCUCAAUGAACGAAACAUGGAUGUCAUUUGAACUUACUGCAUAUCUUUGAUGAACRCAUUUAUUUAUGACUUAUUGCAUUGACCAAUAAUUGAGGGUAAAGAUUUGAAUAGAGAUCAUUUUUGUGAUCGCCAAGCUGAUCAGUCUAGAGAUCACGGUUGSUGGAUYGUCAAUGAAGGAGUAGUAGAGUUAGUCAAUGMCRUCAGAGGCGUAUCGUGGUAAUUKUGUACWGUACAGUCAACUCUUACUAUGACGGACACUCUCGGACCGUAAUUUAGUGUCCGCAGUAGCGAGAGUCCAUUUUAACGGGAGUUACUUUCAGUCAUUUCUUUGUAUUUUUCGCCKGGGAUKCAGUAUUUUACUGUCCGCAAUAUCGAGGUGUCCGUUGUAGCGGGCUGUCCGUAAGGCGAGAGUUGACGGUACUCACGAUUCUGUAUGGCCUUGAUAACUCUGCAAAACAUUUGCGGGAAAAAUGUUGGAAAUACAAAAUCAUCUCACAACAUUGUUUUCUUUGAUAAACUUUAUUUGUAAGAUGAAUUUAUGACUUAUGAAUACAGAAAUUUCGCAAAGUUCARUAAUUAACCGCCAAAAGCCCGCCCGUGUGUGUGUGCACGGCAAACGCUACCCCGCUGAUUUGGUGUAAAUCUGAUUUGGUGUAAAUUCUAUUUUUUGCACGGACCUUUUCUCAAUUAAAAUUUCUAUCAGAUGUAAAUAGAUAAUUGAURAUAAAAUCUUAAUGAAUACUUGUGUUUACAGCCAUCUCGAUAGCAGCGAGUGUCAUGGUAUGUGGUGAAGUUGAUUUAUUGACGGUACCAUCAUAACUAGUCUCCUCGCACCCGUUCUUAGUGGCGGGCUCCCUGUCCCCCGACAGACAGGACUGGGACAGGAAGCUCGACAAUAAGGAAGGCUGCGAGGAGACAACAUCAGAACCCGACAAUUUCCCAUAAAGAGGGUUAAACCKCACUGAGCGCGCGGAAGUAUGGAUUUUAUCUGGAUAUCUCGCGAAUGACCGYACGUUUGUAUAUUUUGUACAUUUUUAUAGAAAAGUAGUUUUUGCAAUGGAAUAAAACGUGGUUAAGGUUAUA